CGGAACUGGUGCCUCCCAACCGGUGCCCUGUGCGCCUGCAUUUACACCCAAACAUUUCCAUAAACACUCACUAACAAACAUGAAAGGCGUGUUGCAAAAGAUUGGCUCUUUGCGAACAACUGGCCGUGGCCCCAGCGCCGAUGGCGGGGGCGACCCUGGCCAGCAGCGCGGCAGCUCGGUGACCCUUUCUAUCAUUGACCAGCAUGUUGCGCGGCUCAAGCAAGCAGAGGAGGCUCGCAAGGCUCGCGAGGCGCUCCUUACUGGACUCAAACCAUUCGUGCUCGAUAACACCCUGGUCGAGUGCCUCGCUUCCGGCUCCGAGACCCUUGAGGACAAGCUGGAGGCCUUGUCGUGCACGCGCGCGUGCGGCCUGCAGAACGUCGUUCUGGCCGCGUUUGUGAAGGAGCGCACACCAGACCUGCCGUUUCUGCAGGCGCUGCACUCAUCCAAGCUGAUUGACGAGCACUGCUUCGCCUUCAGUGAGCUGUAUGACGCGCACGGGUCUGACCUGCCCGGCCAGGACCUGCCGUUUGGGCUGGCCAAGAUGAUCCAGUACGGCAUCCAAAACGCCAUCCUGGAGGUGGACGUGGCGGCGCCGUACAUCAAUUGGGACAAGUACCACAUUGAGGAUCUGUGUGCGCUGGUGGAGAGCCGCUGCCGCUGGGUGGCCAGCAACCUGUACGCGGGCCGCCCGACACAGCCCGCCAGCUACGUGCACCUGAGAGACUUCUCUGCGGCCAUGCAGUCCGCGCCCGCCCGGCUCCUGACGCUGGUGGAGGCCCUGGCCCGCCUGGACCCGGCGGUGCGGCCCCGCGGCCUGCUCAUCAACCAGCCGGCAGCGGGCCAGUUCCCGUUUGAGGCUGCGCCCUGUGUCGCGGCUGUGCGGGGCGUGAUGGACGCGGCGGGCUGGUCGGAGGGCCUGCUGGCGGUGCACGUGGGCAGUGCGCCCGGGUACGGCCUGGCACACGCCACGGUGCUGGAGUGCCUGGCGGCCGGCUGCGGCGGCGUCAUGGCGGCACUGUGCGAGGAGGCCGACCCCGCCUCCAGCCACGCCUCCUCCAUGCUGGACCUGGUCAACCUGGCGCGACUGGGCAACAAGCACGUGGGUGAGCGCUUCCACAUGGACCGGCUGCGGGCCGCCGCCAAGCAGGUGUCAGCCAUCAUGGCCCGGGCCAAGGCCGCGGCGGCAGCGGCACCCCAGACCGCAGCCGCCGGGGGCAGUGCAGGCACGCAGCGCGGCGCGGCGAUGACGGCCGUGGAGCCUCCGACCGGCUCACCCGCCAAGACGCUGCCACGCGCCAUCCCAGCCGACCAGCGCAAGCUACUCAUCCCUGGACACGCUUGAUGUACGGUGGAGGCAGUCCGGCGGACCUGGCUGUACCAGGGGCAGCGCCCUGCAGGCGAUGUGCGGCUCGUGUGGCGCACACGGGUAAGUGUGUUGUGUGAAGGCGAGGCGGAGGGUGGUCAAGGGGACAGAUGGCACGGCCGGGCUCUACCGGCCGUCGGUAGCUGGUCUGUGUUUCCAAAGUUUGACUCUUAUGUAAGUAUCGCGCUAUGUAAGACAAGGUAACGGUGUUGAACGUCGUAAACUGCUCAGUGUGAAAUGGAUGGUAGGUGUGGAAUUGUGUGGAAUGGACCCUGUACAAGACGUCCGUUUGGCUGGUGCAACGCAGUGGGCCUCAAUGGGCAGUACAUAUCCGGUGCACGAAGGGUUGGGUUGAGCUGUUAUUUGACGUGGAUGUAUACAACAAAGUUUCAGACAAAGUUUACGUUGACUGUUUUGACUCAGGAACGGCAGGCAUUAGCGGGAAACGAGGCAGACCGCCGCGUCAGUCGCAUGCACGGUUGGUUUAGCGUGCUUUGGGCUCAAGAAGGUGACAUUAUGGCAGCUUGUCGUCUGCUAAGGACCAGUGAGGCGCAACGGCGGCGGCAUACGUUUCUAGUAGGGGCAGAGCCGGGCAGAGGAGGAGUGGGGGCCAUGCGUGCACCACUGCGGCAGCGUUGCAGCCGCUAGUAACUAAACUGUAAACUAGCUCACUC